UCGGUGGCCGCCGCACCGCUAUGUCUCCAGUACGGCAGUACCCAACCGUCGUUGCCCCCCGUUUCACCUCCGCUCCACGUGCUCCAGUUAGCGCUUGGCGCGCGCGUACGCCACCAUGGGCUUCGGCGUCCUCCCGCUGAUGGAAUUCCUCGCGCGCCGCGCGUUCCUCGGCGCCGGCCUCCGGCCCCGCACGAUCGCUCUCCCCUCCUCCGCGUCCGACGGUGGCGGCGGGCAGCACGCCAUCCACUACUGGGCGCCGCCGGGGCAGCCGCGCCGCCCGCCGCUGCUGCUCAUCCACGGCUUCGGGCCCAUGGCCACCUGGCAGUGGCGCCUGCAGGUGGCCCCUCUCUCCCGCCACUUCCACGUCAUCGUCCCGGACCUCCUCUGCUUCGGCGCCUCCUCCAACUCCGGCGGCUCCCCGCCGCCCUCCGAGUCCGCGCAGGCCGCUGCGCUCGCCGCGCUGCUCGACGCGCUCCCUGGCCUCGCCACGGGCGCGCGCUUCGCGGUGGUCGGCACCAGCUACGGCGGGUUCGUGGCCUACUCCCUGGCGCGCGCGGUGGGGCCCGGGAGGGUCGGCCCAGUGGUGAUAUCCAACUCCGACCUGCUCAAGACGGCCGAGGACGACAGGGGGCUCCUCGAGCGCGCGGGGGGCGGGUGGGCGCGCACGGCCGACCUGCUCAUGCCGCUCGACGCGCGAGGCGCGCGGCGGCUCAUGGAACUCUCCUUCUACCGGAGGCAGGCCAUCGCCUUGCUGCCCGACUUUGUGAUCCGACACGCCGUGCAGAAGCUUUUUUGGGAUAAAAGGGAGGAGAAGAUUGAGCUUAUGAAGGCUAUAACUGUAGGCACAGACGAGUUCCAGCUUACACCCUUGUCUCAGGACGUUUUGCUCAUCUGGGGAGAUCAUGAUCAGAUAUUUCCCCUGGAAAAGGCAUUUGCCGUCAAGAGGUGUUUAGGUGAGAAUGUUAGGUUGGAAGUCUUCGAGAAAACAGGCCAUGUACCUCAGAUGGAGGACCCGGAUCGGUUCAACAGGGUUGUGCUGCAUUUCUUGCUUUCGUCUGGAAAGCCUCCUUCAACUCAGCAUGAUCAGUAGCAUGCGGUUGAUCAGUUGAGCCCUCCUCUGGUCCUGAAUCGUGUUCUAUUGUAAGAGCGUUUCUUUCUCGGGGGAUAUAAGAUUCACUGCGAGCAUGUUGAGAGUUCAGUAUAUGGGGAGCCAUAUACCCUUCCAAGUUGCAGAAAAUUCCGCGGAAAUGCUUGCGGCUGUUCAGUCAUGCAAAGUGUAUGUAUACCUGUAAUUGCACAUUAGCUUGCGAAAUAUUUAUAGCACCGAUAAAACCUUGCGAAUUAUGCUGCGAAAA